AUGAUCGGUUCUUUGCUUUACUUGACUGCCAGUCGACCAAAUGUUAUGUUUAGUGUGUGUAAAUGUGCUAGGUUUCAGUCAGCUCAUAAGGAAUCGCAUCUGACUGCAGUAAAGAGAAUAAUUUGUUACCUCAUCAAAACUAUAUCUUAUGGAUUAUGGUAUCCGCGUUCUAACAAUCUUAAGCUGGAAGGUUUUUCAGAUGCUGAUCUUGCGGGUGAUAAGGAAGACAGAAAAAGCACUAGCAGAACAUGUCAAUUACUGGAAAAGGCAUUAAUUUCAUGGAACAGUAAGAAACAAGGCUCAGUUGCAUUAUCCACAACGAAGUGUAAUUGCUCUGAUUUUCCUAUGCUUUUCAAGAAUACUUGGCCUGAUGAUUUUGAAAUUUCUUUUGAUCAAGCAAAACGUUGUAUUGCUGAGUGUCCAUCUGAUUUCCUUCCAAACUAG